GCAGUAACGUGACCAAGGCAGACCUAGCUGCCGCUGUCGUGGAGCAGCUGUGUGGGCUCCAAAGCUGCGCAGAGCCGAGCAGUUCUUCAACUCCUGCGGUCACAAUUGCGCGCUUGCGAGAAGUGGUCGCGGCCAAAGGAGACCAGGGGCCUGCUGCGCUGCGGGCGCUGCUUCGCCCGCUGAAGCUUCGAGAUGCCAGCCCAUCGCUGACGGGCUUGGCCACAGAUCUUGGCGUCGAUGUCACGGGGCUGACGCGCCACGCCAUCAUCCAGCGAUUGGAGACUUUGGAAGCGCGGAUCGAAGUUACUCUGGGGGAGGAUCAAUGUGCUGAGUUUCGCCAUGGGUUGCUCGCAGUCUUCUUGGGCAUCACAGUGGAAGCGGUGGCUGGCAAACAUUUGUCAGCACGGGACGAGCUGCAGUUGUUGGACGCCAAACUGUCUGAAGCAGCGGCGUGUGUCCCAGACAUGGAGCAAUGGCUGCCGCAGUCUAUCCCGCCAUCGUGGACAGCCGCUGUGACACGCUUGCAGGAGACCACAAUGCCGCGUUUGUCUUGGCCCGCGCAGCAUGCUCUGCUUGCGGUUGUGUCGAGUGCUCGCUGGAAUGAGCGCAGAGGCUGGUGGCGUUUGGCUGGCGCUUCCGACUGUGCUGACCCCAUCGAUGUUGCUGAGCGGCUAUGGGCUUUGGCCACUCUGGAGCAGGAGGCGGCAUCGGAAGAGACAGAUGGCUUCAAGGAUCGCAAGGAAGCGUUGGAGGCAGUGCUCUCGGCGGUGCAGCACAAAUACUCCAGCCGUAGCUUCGACGAUGGAGACAAGAUCGUGCUCCGUGCCUUCAUGAG